AUGAUUGGAUUAUUACAUACAUUACCUGCUGAAUUGAUCUAUCGAAUCCUUGAUAAUGUUGAUGAAAUAACACUUCUUCUAUCAUGUAGAAAUGUUUGCACAAAACUCAAUUCCAUCAUAGACAAAUACAUUCGAUAUCAGAUAUUAACUAAACUUCAUCUCAGAUUCAAUCAAAUUGAUUCACAAGGUACAAAAUAUUUAGCCAAAACUCUAGAAACAAAUAAAACAUUGACUACAUUAUAUCUUGGAAUUAAUAAACUAGGACCUCAAGGAGUAGAAUAUUUAUCUAAUACUCUUUUAAAAAAUCAAACAUUGACUACACUUGAUCUCUCUCUCAAUGAUAUCGGAGUUCAAGGAGCACAAGAUGUAGCAAAUAUUCUAUUAAAAAAUAAAAGAUUAACAAUAUUUAUGCUUAAUUACAAUCAUAUUGGUAUACACGGAACACAAUCUAUUGCAGCUGCUCUAAUGAAAAACGAUACACUCUGUACACUUCAACUAGGACAUAAUCAAAUCAUGGAUCAGGGAACACAUUACAUAGCUGCUGCUCUAAAGAAAAAUCGAACACUCACUAGACUUUAUCUUGAAGGAAAUGACAUUGGUGCAGAAGGUGCACAACAAUUAGCUAAUGCUCUAAGACAAAAUCAAACACUUAUUGAAAUUCAUCUUGGAAUGAAUUCGAUUGGUUCUGAAGGAGCAAAACAAUUCGCUAAUGCUCUCUUAACAAAUAAAACAUUGACUACACUUGAUUUCUCAAAUAAUGGAAUUACUGAUCGAGGAGUUGGAUUUCUAAUUAAUUUAUUAGCGGAAAACAGAGUAUUAACUACACUUAUUCUCAAAUCAAACUGUAUCAGUAUUCAAGGAGCAAAGCAUCUAAUUAAUGCUAUCAUAAAAAACAAAACAUUGUUGACACUUGAUCUCUCGAACAAUAAAAUUGCUACAGGUGGUAAUGAACGUUUUAUUGAAAUCUUCCAAACGCAUUUAGAAAUGAAGAUCAUCUUUUAA